GGCCCAACUCUGAUAAAGAUGGGAUGCAGCAUACUGUUACUAAGCACCGGGGAAUAAUUACCUUGUACAGACAUCAGAAAGCUGCUUUUGCUAUCACAAGUCGACGAGGUCCUACGCCAAAAGCCCCAAAAGCCCCAAUUGCAGAUCUCCCCACUGGCAGUGGUGGAAGCAUUCCUACGGAAUUUGAUGAGGCUCAGAAACCUUAUGUUGUACAGAGAAGAGGAGCUGAAUUUGCCUUAUCUACUAUAGCUAAACAUUUUGGUGCUGAAAUGGCAACGGGAUUGCCACAUCUCUGGGAUGCUAUGGUUGGUUCAUUAAGGAACAACAUUCACAUAAAUAAUUUUGACCGAAAGUCCUUACUGGAAAAAGGAGAUGCUCCUGCCCAGGAGCUAGUAAAUUCUUUGCAGGUUUUUGAAACAACAGCAGCUUCAAUGGACACUGAGCUACAUCCUCUGUUAAUACAGCAUUUGCCUCAUCUUUAUAUGUGCCUUCAACAUCCCAGCACUGCAGUGAGACACAUGGCUGCUCGUUGUGUGGGUGUUAUGAGCAAAAUAGCUACCAUGGAAACAAUGAAUAUCUUUCUAGAGAAAGUUCUGCCAUGGUUGGGAGCAAUAGAUGACAACACCAAACAAGAAGGUGCAAUUGAAGCACUUGCAUGUGUAAUGGAGCAACUGGAUGUUGGCAUUGUUCCAUACAUUGUUCUCCUAGUGGUUCCAGUUCUGGGUAGAAUGAGUGAUCAGACAAACAGCGUACGUUUUAUGGCUACUCAGUGCUUUGCAACACUAAUUAGACUAAUGCCUCUUGAGGCUGGUAUACCAGAUCCACCAAAUAUGUCUGAAGAAUUAAUCCGAAUGAAAGCUAAAGAACGUCACUUUCUGGAACAAUUAUUGGAUGGAAAAAAACUGGAAAACUAUAAAAUUCCAGUACCAAUCAAAGCAGAGCUCAGAAAAUAUCAGCAGGAUGGAGUGAACUGGCUGGCAUUUCUCAAUAAAUACAAACUUCAUGGAAUUCUUUGUGAUGAUAUGGGCUUAGGAAAAACUCUACAAUCCAUUUGCAUUCUUGCAGGUGAUCAUUGCCUCAGGGCUCAGGAAUAUGCAAGAACAAAACUGGUGGACAGUGUCCCUCUUCCCUCCUUGGUGGUGUGCCCUCCUACACUGACAGGACACUGGGUGGAUGAAGUGGGCAAAUUUUGCUCAAAAGAAUAUCUUAAUCCUUUGCACUAUACAGGACCUCCUACGGAGAGAGCAAGAUUACAACAUCAGGUGAAAAGGCACAAUCUCAUAGUGGCUUCAUAUGAUGUUGUGAGAAAUGACAUUGACUUCUUCAGAAAUAUUAAGUUUAAUUACUGCAUUCUUGAUGAAGGCCAUGUAAUAAAAAAUGGAAAAACAAAGCUGUCAAAAGCAGUAAAACAACUGACUGCCAAUUACAGGAUAAUUCUUUCUGGGACACCAAUCCAGAACAACGUCUUAGAGUUGUGGUCGUUGUUUGACUUCCUUAUGCCAGGAUUUUUGGGUACUGAACGCCAAUUUGCAGCUCGUUACGGCAAACCAAUACUUGCCAGCAGAGAUGCCCGAAGCUCCAGUCGAGAACAAGAGGCUGGGGUUCUUGCAAUGGAAGCACUGCACCGCCAAGUUCUGCCGUUCCUGCUAAGGAGAAUGAAAGAGGAUGUACUGCAAGAUCUUCCACCCAAAAUUAUUCAAGAUUAUUACUGUAUCCUCAGUCCUCUACAGGUUCAGCUUUAUGAAGACUUUGCCAAGUCUCGUGCCAAAUGUGAUAUCGAUGAAACUGUUUCUUCAAUUUCACUGAGUGAAGAAACUGAAAAACCAAAGCUUAAAGCUACAGGUCAUGUAUUUCAGGCAUUGCAAUACUUACGGAAGCUAUGCAACCAUCCAGCAUUAGUGUUAACGACUCAACAUCCAGAAUAUAAAAGAAUUACAGAGCAACUUGCAGCUCAUAAUUCAUCUCUUAGAGAUAUCCAACAUGCACCUAAGCUUUCUGCUUUAAAACAACUGCUGCUAGACUGUGGCUUGGGGAAUGGUGGAUCUUCAGAAAGCGGUACAGAAGCUGUUGUGGCCCAGCACAGAGUACUUAUCUUCUGUCAGCUUAAAAGCAUGCUGGAUAUAGUGGAGCAUGACCUUCUCAGACCUCAGCUACCUUCAGUUACUUAUUUACGACUAGAUGGCAGCAUACCUGCUGGUCAGAGGCAUUCCAUUGUGUCACGGUUUAAUAAUGACCCAUCCAUAGAUGUUCUUUUGCUCACCACUCAUGUUGGUGGAUUGGGACUUAACUUAACGGGGGCUGACACAGUAGUAUUUGUGGAACAUGACUGGAACCCAAUGAGAGACCUGCAAGCCAUGGAUCGGGCACAUCGCAUUGGGCAGAAACGUGUUGUUAAUGUGUAUCGCCUGAUAACCAGGGGAACUCUGGAGGAGAAAAUCAUGGGUCUUCAGAAGUUCAAAAUGAAUAUUGCAAAUACAGUGAUCAGCCAAGAAAAUGCAAGCCUGCAGAGCAUGGGAACAGAACAGCUUCUUGAUCUGUUCACUCUUGACAAGGAUGGAAAAACUGAAAAAGCAGAUACCUCUACCUCUUCUGGGAAAGCAUCAAUGAAAUCAGUACUCGAAAACCUUGGAGAACUAUGGGAUCAAGAACAGUAUGACACUGAAUACAGUCUUGAAAACUUUAUGCAUUCAUUAAAGUAAACAUCAUAUAUUCGUAAUACAACUGCUGCUAGUUCACGUAUUUUUUCUGCUGAUAUUCAGCAAACUUCAAAGCAUAUAUAGUGAACCUUUAGCUUAAUGUGUAAAUAGAAUUAUCGAAAGAAGAAUCUUCAGAAGACUGGCACUGAGUAGUGUCACCUGUUUCCCUGGGGAGUUACUCUGUUUUAAACAUUUGCACUGUAUAAAAACUUUAAACAUAAACAUUGUGAGGUGGUGUGAAUUUUACUUGUUCUGAACAGCUGCAAAUUCUUAGAAUAAAACAAAGCCAGUUUUUAUAUA